AUGAAUGAAAUAUCUGAUAUUUUUGAUAUACACGCUAUAUGCGCCUGCUGUAAGGUUGAAAACAAAAAUGAAAAGAAAAAAAAUGAAAUCUUCAGUAAUAACACAUUUAGAGGAAUUGGGAAUAAGGGAGUUUUGCCAUGGAAAAGUAACCCAUUAGACAUGAAAUAUUUUACUACAGUAACAACAUAUGUUAAUGAAUCAAAAUAUAAAAAAUUAAAAUAUAAAAGAGAGAAAUAUUUAGAAAAAACAAAGGAUACAAAGUGUUUAGAGAGUAUAAUACAACUAUCAAAUAACUUACAAAAUGUUGUAGUUAUGGGAAGAACUAGCUGGGAAAGUAUUCCAGAACGAUUUAGGCCGUUAGUUAAUAGAAUAAAUGUUGUAUUAUCAAGAUCAUUAAAAAAAGAAGACAUAAAAGGAGAUGCUAUUUUAAUAAAUAAUGUGGAUGAUUUACUUCUAUUACUAAGAAAAAUAAAUUAUUAUAAAUGUUUUAUUAUUGGUGGUUCAGUUGUAUACAAUGAAUUUUUAAAAAGAAAUUUAAUAAAAAAAAUAUACUUUACAAGAAUAAAUAGUACGUAUGAGUGUGAUGUUUUUUUUCCAGAAAUAAAGGAAACGGAAUUUGAAAUUAUGUCUCUAAGUGAUGUGUAUAGCAAUAAUGGUGCAACAUUAGACUUUGUAAUUUAUAAGAGAAAAAAAGAAAUAUUAAAUAAUGAAAACCCCAUUGAAAAUAAUAAAGAAGCAGAUAUAUGUUCUCAAGAUUCCCCAAAUAACUAUUUCACUGGAGAGGAUGUUUACAAAAACAUGGAUGAUGACGAUGAUUAUGUAUAUUUUAAUUUUAAUAAUACAAAGGAAAAGAAAAAUUCUGAAAUAAGUGAUGAUUUUAAAAUAUACAAUAGCUUGAAAUAUAAAUAUCAUCCGGAAUAUCAAUAUUUAAAUAUUAUAUAUGAUGUUAUUAUGAAUGGGAAUAAACAAGGUGAUAGAACUGGUGUUGGAGUAGUAAGUAAGUUUGGAUAUAUGAUGAAAUUUAAUUUAAAUCAAUAUUUUCCUUUAUUAACAACAAAAAAAUUGUUCAUAAGAGGAAUUAUUGAAGAACUGUUAUGGUUUAUAAGAGGGGAAACUAAUGGAAACACUCUGUUGAAUAAAAAUGUGAGAAUAUGGGAAGCCAACGGAACAAGGGAAUUCUUAGAUAAAAGAAAAUUAUUUGAUAGAGAAGUUAAUGAUUUGGGACCCAUUUAUGGUUUUCAAUGGAGACAUUUUGGUGCUGAAUAUACUAAUAUGCAUGACAAUUAUGAAAAUAAAGGAGUAGAUCAAUUAAAAAAUAUUAUCAAUUUAAUAAAAAAUGAGCCCACUAGUAGAAGAAUUAUUUUAUGUGCAUGGAAUGUAAAGGAUUUAGAUAAAAUGGCAUUACCACCUUGUCAUAUUUUAUGUCAAUUUUAUGUCUUUGAUAAUAAAUUGUCAUGCAUUAUGUAUCAAAGGUCAUGUGAUUUGGGAUUAGGAGUUCCUUUUAAUAUUGCAUCAUAUUCAAUUUUUACUUAUAUGAUUGCACAAGUGUGUAAUUUGCAACCUGCACAGUUCAUACAUAUUUUAGGAAAUGCACACGUAUAUAACAAUCAUAUCGAUAGUUUAAAAAAGCAACUAAACAGAAUACCAUAUCCUUUCCCAACUCUCAAGUUAAAUCCAGAUAUAAAGAAUAUAGAAGACUUUAAAGUUUCUGAUUUUACAAUAGAAAAUUAUGUACAUCAUGAUAAAAUUUCUAUGGAUAUGGCUGCAUAA